CACCUUCUUCCCCCUUCUCUUACUAGAGUUUAGAGAGAGAAAUCAAAAUGAUGAAGUUAAGGUCAAAGAGGUUCUCAAGAAGCAGCUCUAAGCUACGUCCUGGUGGCGCCACCCAUGGCGACGGUGAAGGCUGCAAGUCGUGUGGAAUGUUGACCAGUGAGAUCAAGUGGGAACUUCGUCCUGGAGGCAUGCUUGUUCAAAAGAGAGAAUGUAAAGAAAGCGCAGGCGAAGGAGUCAUCACAAUUAGAAUCUCUACUGUCUCACAAUGGCAUGAUAUAUCGGUCCAAGCAACUUCAACAUUUGGAGAAUUGAAGAUGCUGUUAUCAUUAUUAACAAAUUUGGAACCCAAAGAGCAAAGGCUAUUGUUCAAAGGCAAAGAGAGGGAGAACCAUGAAUAUUUGCAUAUGGUUGGCGUUAGAGACAAAGACAAGGUUUUGCUGUUAGAAGAUCCGGCUAACAAAGAACGAAAACUCAGAGUCAUCCGCGAUCACCUCAUUGCAUCAUUAGUGUCUAGUCAACACUAAUUAAUCAAAGACCGUAGGGAGUUUCCGUUCUUACAUUAACUGACUACGAAAAUUUUAACUACUUAUUUCACAAGAUGUCGAAUUGAACAAAACUAAAUUGUACUAUUUAGUUUUGUUUAAAUGUGUGCAUUACAACCUUCCGAUGAUCAACUUGACUUGCUAAGGAAUUUCUCUCUCUCUCUCUCUCUCUCUCUCUCUCUCUCUCUCUCUCUCUCUUUAAUGUUUGGUACUAAACCCUUGACCGGUAGGGCAUAUAUAAAAAAUGUAAGCUGAUGCUGUCCAAGUCAUUUUGAUUGGAUUGUUAUGUUUAUAAAUUGUUGAUUCCAUCU